AGUUGCUAUAGUAACAAAGAACCAAAGAACGUACUAAAAACUUCAACAAAACUUCAAAAUGUUGUUUUCUCUGAAAAGCCGAAAAAAAGAAGAUAAAAAACAUGAAGAAAAGAAUAAAAAACAGGAAGAUGAGAGAAGCUCUUCUAAAAUAGACGAUUUUGAUUUAGGGUCCGACAAAGAUAGUCCUGUUAGAAAGCUUUCUGAAACAUUGGGCCCUCAAGCUCCUCCUCGUGCAAGAAAAACUGCUGGCUGGGCUGAUGACAUCUCAUCUAAAAGAAAUUGGUUGCGAAGAGGAUCUAAAAAUGUCUCUAGAGAAACUUUCGAGUCAUUGCCUAAGGAAAUGUUUGUGGAAGCAACUGCUUCAGACUCAACAAAUGAAAUUCCACUGAUACCUACUUUGGAUGACUUGAAGGAUGAAGAACUUUCUGCUGAUGUUGCCAAAGCACCAAGUGUUGCUGUCAGUAAAAUUGCAACAUUUCAAGAAUUAAACAGCGACUUAACAAAACAUGCUGCUUUUCAAUCUUUGGACGGGGUAGACUUAACACUACUUACAAAGAGAUUGCUGCCAGAACAUGUGCUAAAGAAGGAGGAAAAUUGCCCUUGGGUAUGGAAUACAUUAUUUGCAGAUAUUUCAUCUCAGAUGAAUGCUGUAAUGUGUACUGAAGACAAAAACUCUAGUGAUAUUGACAAAUUAAGUGAAGUGGUCGAAAAAAUGUUUUAACUUUCUUUUAUGGCUCGCAUCUCAUGAUUUUUGUUUUGUGCAUCUUUUUCUCAUGCAUAUGGUCAAUUCUCUAGAAAAGUGUAAUUUCUUGUCCCAGGCUCAUAGCAACCUUAGAAAUGUGUUUUUCAU